AUUUAAUAGUUCUACCAUUCCACGAAAAGGAAGUGAUUCAAGUACGAACAACAAAGGAAGUACACGCAGCCUCCAUGGUUGGACUAAAUCCCUAACGAGACACUCGUCUAAAUCAUCGGGACAUAAGAGAACAAUUUCCAACGCUUCUACAACCUCUUGUGAGUUGGGGGAGGAGGCUUCCAAGGUGCUCAUUGCUCCAGGUGUCUCCUCCCCUGCUAUCACAUGUUCACAACCUACACCUAUACCUAAAAAUAAUGCUGAAUCCCCACUUCCACCAAUCAAAGGUAGCGUCUCCACACCUGAAAAACAAGCUUCCUUUGAAACAAUUGAUAAUAUUGAAUUUAUCGAUCAGUCUACACCCACAGAUAUAAGCACUGUGGCAAAAAAGGGCUAUCAUACUAUUGAUACAGAUCUAGAGCAAAAAAACAAUUCAAAAGUUGCUUCUUGUACUGAGGACGAUGUUUUUAGGACAUCAGCUAACAAACCUUCAAAAGUCAAGAUACGACCUAAAACCAAUGGCAACAAAAAGAAGACUAAGAAAGAUAAGGUAAAGCCGAUUGUUAAUAUAGAAUUAAGUCCCGAAAGGUCAGAAUCAGCAGUGGGAAAAAUGGAUAAAAACAAACCUUCAAGAGAAAAGACACCACCUAAUGAAACUAUUACUAAAAUACGAACUGUAACAACCGACACAGAAACUACAAAAAUUGUAACAACAACUACAAGUUUGAAUAGAUACACUUUCAUGAAAAUUAUGGAUGAUGAUAAUGCUUUGAAGCCUGACAAAAAGUUCAGAACGCAUAGCUGCAGCAGUAUUCCUUAUGAUAAUAUUAUAGAAAAUCUAGCACCCUUUAGAAAAAGAUUUUGUAAUGUUCAGUUAUUUCCAGAUAAUGAUGAAGAGAGGGAUAAUGAGAACGAUGAAGAAAAUGAUAGGAAAGUUUAUGAUGAAGAAGAUAAAAAACGUCAUGAAGAAAAAAUUACUGGAAAUGAUGUCGAAGACAAGUUGAUGCGAGAAGAAAUAACACCUGUUGUGGAAUCAAUUCUUGAAACAAUUUUCGAAAUGGCUGUUGCCCUAAUAGAGAAGAAUCAACUGCAAUUUGAAAAAGUAAACAAAAAAUCAAGUGUUCAACUGGAAUUGGGUCGUCGAGCAUCCGAAUACAAAAGUCGAAUGAGAUGUAAUACAGGUGAUACUCUAACCUCACUUUAUAUACCUAAAAUAAUCCAACCAUCUAUAACGGACAAUCUCAUUGAUGCAAGAAACUUUGUGGAAGAAUAUGAAGAGUACCACGAAUCUUGUUCAGAGAUGCAUGAUUCAGAGAUUGCCAUUGGUCAUGUUAUCAAUGAAUUGGGAGCAAGUGUAGAUCGAAUAAUAGUUGAAAAGCAAAGAAAUAAACGGAGGGAUAAAUCGGUUAAACAUGGAGGUGUCACUAGCUUGAUACCAAUAGAAACUGACUCUAAUGCAGAGGAUGACUCGGAAGUUGUUCAGAAUGACAAAAGACUGUUGGAAGUUGGGGCAAUGUAUAAUAUCCCCAAAAAUCUGUUCCAAAGUACUGAAAUGACUGAGAUUACUGAACAGACUAUAGAUGAACUACACAGGAAUGAUGAAAAUGCAGAAAACAAUCCUGAUUUGGUUGAACAACCAGUUGUUGUAAAUUUGAAUUUGACAAAAGAAGGAAAGGUGGAAGACGAGGAUGAUGUCUAUAGGCCAAUAGCUGUUAGUCCAGAUGGAAGGUUUUUCAAGUAUGAAGAAGAGAUUGGACGAGGUUCAUUCAAGACCGUAUAUAGAGGCCUGGACACUCAAACAGGAGUCGCUGUAGCUUGGUGUGAAUUGCAAGAAAAAAAACUCAACAAAGCAGAGCGCCAACGAUUUAGGGAGGAAGCUGAAAUGUUGAAGAAAUUGCAACAUCCAAAUAUCGUAAGAUUUUAUAAUUAUUGGGAAUCUCCUGGAGUCAAAAAAAAGAAUAUUGUACUGGUUACAGAAUUGAUGUUGAGUGGCACUUUGAAAACAUAUUUGCGACGAUUUAAAAAAAUAAACCCCAAGGUGUUGAAAUCAUGGUGUAGACAAAUUUUGAAAGGUCUGGCUUUUCUGCAUUCUAGAUCUCCUUCUAUCAUACACAGGGACUUGAAGUGUGAUAACAUUUUCAUAACUGGAACUACAGGGUCUGUUAAAAUUGGCGAUUUGGGAUUAGCCACCCUGAAAAACAGAAGUUUUGCUAAGUCGGUUAUUGGUACACCAGAAUUUAUGGCUCCCGAAAUGUACGAAGAACAUUAUGACGAAAGUGUAGAUGUUUAUGCCUUUGGUAUGUGUAUGUUGGAAAUGGCAACAAGUGAAUAUCCUUAUUCAGAAUGUACAGGUCCUGCUCAAAUUUACAAGAAAGUUAUAUCGGGCGUUAAACCAGCCAGUUAUGAGAAAGUGCAGAAUCCAGAAGUAAAAGAUGUUAUCGAAAAUUGUAUUCGGCCUAGAAAGGAAGACAGACCUAAAGUCAAAGAUCUGCUGAGUCAUGCUUUCUUUGAAGAAGAUGUUGGACUCAAAGUUGAAGUAGUAUCGCAGGAAAACAAAAAAAUUGUUUUUCGUUUACGUGUUAUUGAUCCUAAAAAAAGAACACACAAGCAUAAGGAGAAUGAGGCAAUACAGUUUGAAUUUGAUAUGGAAACUGAUAGAUAUAAUACAAUAUCAGAAGAAAUGGCAAAAUCUGGUAUUAUCUUUGAAGAUGAUGCUAAAACUGUAGCUCAAUUAUUGAAAACACAGAUUACACAGAUAAACAAAGAGCGUGAGAAGAAAAAUAAAGAGGAAGAAGCUUUGGCUCAGCAGCUGCAUUAUCAACAGUAUUUACAACAGCAGGUUGAACAACAGAUGUCCCAACAGCAACAACAGCAAACGCAGACUACAACAAUACCUCAGCAACAAAGUCAGCAACAGACACAGCAAAAUGUGGCUUCUUACCAACAGACUCAGCAAGUCAGUCAACAGCAACAAUAUUCCCAGCAGCAGAAUUAUCAGGGGCAACAAGUUAUUCAUUCAGAACAGCAAAUUCAAUUCCAACAAUGUGUGGGUCAGGAUCAACAAUUUCAACAGCAGCACAAUCUAGAGCAACAACAAGAUCAUGUUAUGCAAAAUCAGUAUAUUCAACAACAGUCACAAGCUCAGCAGCAGUCACAAACUCAGCAACAACCCCCAGAUACUACAGUGUUAUAUCCACAGCAGCAGUCAAUUAAUCAACAGGACUUACAGCAGCAACAGCAGCAGCAACCGCAACCAGUUUAUCAAACACAGCAGCAGCAACAUCAACCACAGUUGAAUCAGGAGUCAGCUCCUGUUCUUCAAAGGCAAGCUUCUGUUGAACCUGUUCAACAGCAGACCAUUAUUCUGAAUCAGCCUGCACCCACUCAUUUCAUUCAGCAGAAUUAUUUAGGUGAUGGCCAUCCUCAACAAGCUGAAUAUUUGCAAUUGCAACAACAAGAAAGUCAACAUAAAAUUUCUAGUAUAUCUCAACCUGAAUUGCUUCAUGCUACUCCUCCUGUUCAUGAACAUAGAUUAAGUGUUGAUGGUCAGAUGGAUUCAGGACAGAAAGGCAUGGUUCCUGAACAGAAAGGGCUAGGAAACUUUCAACAAUCUACUUUUCAGCAACAGCAACCCACCUAUGCUCAAGUUGCUCAACAUCAACCACAAAACUAUCAACACCAAACACAAAGUUAUCAGCAACCACAUCCACAACAUGCAGGAUUUCAAGCUUCUCAUCAGAAUCUUUCAAACUAUCAAUCUCAACAGAGCUAUCAAUCCCAGGAUAGUCAGACUUAUCAGCAACCAAAUUACCAACAGCAGCAAAGUUACCAGCCUAGUCAACAGCAAGAACCCAUUAUUCAUAUGCUUUCCACAAUGUCUCAUCAGCCACAAGAUAUGAAUCCACCUUAUGGAACUCAGCAACAAAGCUAUCCCCAACCAAGUGCCCAACCAGCUCCCCAGUCUUAUCAGCAACCAUCACAGCAGUCCUUCCAGCAACCUGUUCAACAGCAGCCCUAUGUGCAAGCAGCUCAGCCAGCACCAUAUCAGACCCAGCAGAGUUAUCAACAAACUAAUCAGCAACAAACUGUUUAUUCUCCCCCGCAGAACGCUCAGCAACAGAAUUACUCUCAGCAACAAAGUAAUCAACCAUCUGCUAAUUAUAACCCCCCACAACAAAGUCAAGUGGCAUAUGCACCUCAACCUGGACAACAACAAAUGAACUACCAACAACAAAUUAGUAGCCAACUUCAAUCCAAUUUACUUCCCCAGCAGCAACACAAUUAUCAAGGACAGCAGCAAUAUCAACAAAGUGAUCAAGGACAGAUAUUUCAACCACAAUACAUUCAACCUUCCAAAAUUGAUCCAUCUCAGCAGUACAUUCAACAAAGUAAUGAUCCUGCUAGUCAGUUUGUGCAGGCAAAUGUUGACCUUAACCAGCAGUAUAUACAGAAAUCAAAUAUAGAUCCUAAUCACCAAUAUUCUCAGUCAAAUGUUGAUUGCAGUCAGCAGUAUGUUCAGCAAAGUGUUGAUCCUCCUCAACAAUACAUUCAGCCACAACCUAUAGACCAAUCUCAAAACUAUAUACAUCCACAGCUGGUAGAACCAGUUCAACAAAUAUAUCAACAGAUAACUCCUCAUCAAACACAGACUAUUCAAGCAACAGGAUAUACAGAACAAGUUUUACAGCAAUCUCAGCAGCAAGUUAAUCAACCUGAAACAGACAUUGAACCAGUGGGUAAUCGAUUGUCUAAUAUCGAAAUACCACCAAUGAAUUUAGCCGAGUUACAGCAGAAACUUGCUCAACAGCAUUUACAACCAGCAAAAGACCAACACAGAGCUUCAACUACUUCAUUACCCCCAGCAACGAAUUUCGAUGUCCAACAGAUUGAUCAUAGGAGAUUGUCAACUGUAUCCCAACCAGCUUCGUCCCAUGAUUAUAUACAGUGCACUAUUCAGCAAAUUGCUGAGCAGCAAAAUCAAGAGUAUCAGGCUCAGAAACACGUUGGUCAGGUAACAAUGCCACAACAUGAAUCUCUUCCUCUAACUGCCGAAAAUCUUGAUUUAAUUCCAUCUCAAGUACCUUUGGAGUCUAUUUUAUCUUCCCAAUGUGUGACCUCUAAUGUAGGUCAGGAAGCUGUACCUCUAGAUGACAUUUCAACAUCAGAACAAGUAAGUUUGGAAAUAUCAUCAUCCUCGUCGACCGACGAGAAACCGAGAAGAAAAAGAGGUUCUCUCAAGUAUCAAUUAAUAGUAGAUAAAGUUCAUCCCGAUGGUAUAGUAGAGUGCCAACUACUUUGCAAACAGAAACAGAUUAGUUUUAAGUUUAACAGGUCAGGCACAAAGCCAUCGGAUAUUAUAGAUGGAAUGAUCAAGCAAGAGUGUCUAGAUGAACCUCAUAAGCAAUUGAGAGAUCAUCUACAAGAAGUGAUAGAUAAAUUGAAUGUAAAUCCUGAUAGGAUUCCGGAAAGUGCAAGAGCUAAGCCUUGGGCUUAUGUUCAAAAGGUUAGGCAUGCUUCACUUACAAGGCACCCUCACAAAAAAACACAUCGAAGGCACAGAUCUAGAGAUGACUCUAGUGGCCAAACAUUCAUCAAAUCCAACUACAUAGACCCAUCUCCAAUUCAAGAUGAAUUUCAAGGAAUCAAAACAACACUUGCAGAAAACAUUUACCAGAAUUUACAUCGCCGAGAAAGUCUGAAUUCUAGCGGUACUGUUUCACGCAAAACAAGCACCGCCUCAGAAUACACCCCUGAACAUACACUUAUAGUGAAUAGAUCUGCUGGCCAUUCUGAGCACACGAUUGUCAGUUACGCAACUGAAAGUUCUAUAUCAUCACCAGGAGAUCCUCAACCUGUUCCCGAGAACUCUGUAGAGGUUCCAGAAAGUCCUCAAAAAAAAUCACUUCAGGAUAAUUCUGAUUGCAUAGAUGCAAUGAAAACUGAGUUUAAUUAUAGUUUAUUGCAGAAAGAUGUAGGUAAACUAUUUCCUGGUCAGAAAGUUAACUUGAAGGUUUUUGUAAUGUCUGUUGAUCAGAAAGAUGAAGUUAUUGAUAAUGAACCUGCUUCAAAAACUGAAGAGCCUAAUGAGACAGUAAUAAAAGUAAAACUUGAAGAUGGAGUCAAUAAUGACAGUAUUAAGACCAAUAAUAGUGAACCUUUGACCGACAAAUCAUCAGAAACUGCUUUGAAAGUUCCACAAAGGAAAAUAUCAAGGUUUUUAGUGAGUCCAGUAUUGUCAGGGCAAUUGGACAUGCCUAAAGACAAAGAUUUCAAUGUUGAAGGUUAUCAACAGCAACUGUCGUCAUUAGAGAAUCUGACUGAUUCAGGUCCUACUGAAAAUUCUGUUGAAAAUAAAACAGUGCUAUCCACUAUUAUUAAUGAUGCAGUUUCGUCAGAGCUUCCAAGAAAGAUAUCAGCCCCUCUUGAAGCCACGAGACAUACUUUAGAAUUAGAAAAUAGAACUGUAGAGCAAAAAGUUAGUGUGUCUUCGAUGAAAGAGGAGAGUACUAAAGAAGAACCUGCUCAAGUUUGCGGACCUGAACUCAUCAACACAUUAGAACAGCUUAAAAUCAGUUUGGAUAAUUUGAAACACAGCAGUCAUCCUAAGAAAGAUUCUGGUGAAAUGGAUUCAAAAAAAGUAACAUCCACAAGCGAUUUGACAACAGCAAAGGGAGCAUCUACAGUGCCACCUCAACAGCCAGUAGCCCAGCAGCCAGGAUCUCAAUUCAUAGCUCCAUCAACAAUUUCAAGUGUUACUCAGCAGGCGACCUCAGUUCAGCAGAUUAUUCAACCUACUCAGCAGACAGUACCCCAGCAAACAGUACCCCAGCAAACUGUAUCUCAGUCUCACUCGACUUUACCACAGUCUCAACCUGUUUUACCACAAUCCCAGUCUUCUAUACCUCAACCAAAAUUAUUACCACAAUCUAUGCCUCAGACUCAGAAUACUUUUCCGCAAUCUCAGCCUGUUUUAUCUCAAAUACAACCUUCUUUACUUCAGCAACAACCUAUUAUGCCUCAGUCCCAACCUGUCAUUCCCCAGUCCCAGCCUGUUAUGCCUCAGUCACAGCCUGUUAUGCCUCAGUCUCAACCAGUUAUGCCUCAGUCGCAGCCUGUUAUGAAUCAGUCGCAGCCUGUUAUGAAUCAGUCGCAGCCUGUUAUGAAUCAGUCGCAGCCUGUUAUGAAUCAGUCGCAGCCUGUUAUGAAUCAGUCGCAGCCUGUCAGUCGCAGCCUG